GUGUUUUUAAAUGUAUCUUCAGUUUUGUUGAAAUUUUCAUCAAUGUUUAGUGGAGAAAUAUAGAGAAAAUGCAAUGAAAAAUUAAAAUAAAUUAUUAAAAAUAAAUUAUUUCUUAUAAGAAAAAUUUUUUAUAGUGAAAAAAAAGAAAAAAAUUUUUGGAAGUAUGCUGCUGCGCAGCGAAAAGCGCGAACGUCGUUUACGACGAUCUACAAGUAUUCGUUCAGCAAUAGUUGCAAGCUCUUUGGUAAAUUUUACUACGACCUCUGCAAAUCGUACCAAAUCAAAUACAAUAAAACUGCCUCCCGGAAAAAAUAAUUCUAAUAGCAAUAUCAAUAAUAACGGCAAUCAUAACAAAACAACUUCGUCAACUACAUAUUCUUUAAGAUCACCUAAUAGUACGGUAACGUCUAGAUAUUCGAAACGAUUAAAUGUUCAAAAAUUGACUAAGUGCAAUACAAUACCAACAUCGAAGCGUUUAAAAGAACGUUCAAAACGUUCUUUGAAUUCUUCUGGAACAGCUACAUCUUCGACAAUUACAACCACUUCAGUAUCUUCGCUUAAAAAGCGUAAAUAUCGAAAACUAACAGAAAAGGAGAAUAUUUGGAAGGAUACUCGUGCAAUUGAAAAGAAAAGCAGUAAUUAUAAAACGGAAGAAUGUACAAGUAAUAAACCACAACGCUCAAAUCAAGAAUUGCUAGAAGAACGAUGCACAACUUUACCAACAACUACAUUGAAUGUUGGCACGAAUUUAACAAAAGAUGGUGAUAAUUCGUGCGUGAAUUCAUCAAACGAAAAUUCAUUAUCCAACUCUUUUACAUCGAUCCCAUCUUUUAUGGUUUCCAAUAAAAACGAUGUGGAAAAAGAUUCCGCCUCAAAGUUAAACAAUUUUUCGGUGUUUUCAACAGCAAUAAGUACAACAUCGACAGAUUUUGUAUCAACAUCAGAUUCAUCUUUUCGAUAUAAUAUUCUUAAUCAGGAAGAUUCACAAAGUAGUUGUUCCGCUUCAAAUUUUCAAUACUCGGUAUGCGGAGGUAAUGAUAAUAUACCCGAAAGUCGACAAGAUCUAAUGAAAUGUAUUAGUAGUGAGUGUGACAGUACUACUACAGAUUACGAUCAAAGAACAAAUAGCAUGAUGAGCAUGGGCUACUCCAUGGGUUGUUUACCAAGUACAUCUAAUUACUCAAAACCUUUGGAUAUUGUUGUACCUGAAGUUGAUUCAACAACAACCGAAUUAUUACAAAGCUCUACGAGCAAUAGUAGCACAAGUUGUUGUGCAAAUAAUGUUAAUGAAAGUGGAACAACGGAUGACCAAAGCAAUUCUUUGUCAAUGAGUGAGAAUUUUUCACAAAUUUUCGCAACUUUUGCAAACUGUAACUUUUCAAGCGGAUAUUCUGAUUUUAUUGGAAACAAUGCAAUUAACAAUGGAAUGAUUUCAAAUAGUUGUAGCAAUGCAAAUAAUCUUUCUUCAAAUUUGCCCACGUCUGCACCUCUUACACCAGAUUUAAUAGCAAUGUUUGAAGAUGAUAUUGCAAAAAAUCCCUGUCCUUCCAGUGUUACCUCUUUGAUGACAUCACAAUCGUCUCUUCCCAGUUACAGUAGUUACAAUGUGCCAUCAACGCAAUGUACAACAAACGAUUUUUGUCACUAUUCAGAAUUUCUAUCAUAUAACUCUAUGCUCACUCAAUCUUUUCUGAGUUGUAAUGAAAAUCGUAGUCCACAUAUAAACUCAGGUUUAAAUAAUCGCGAUGACAAUUCAACAAAUGCAAUCGAUUUACAAGAUUCAUCACUAGGUGUCAAUGCAGCAGCUGCUGCUGCGGCCUAUAUGCAUCAAACAGCAAUUGAUAAUUUAAAAGCACUAACAAACCUACCAAAUAAUCCCACAAAUUUGUUUUCCACUUUAAAUAUACCAAAAGAUUCAGAAGAUGAAGUAGUCGAUAGUUUCAUACAUAGUGUGUCACCCUAUGGACAACAAAUUGCUUCACAUUCAAUGAAUCGCUGCAAUUUACAAGACGUUAACGUAAUUAAUAAUACAAUGCACUGCAACAUGAAUGCACCCAAUGGUUGCGGGGGUAUUAUGUUGUACAGAAAUGAUGAUGAUUCACAAAUUGAAGCAGAUGAAUGUCCUGAAAUAGAAGAAAUACCUGAUACAAGGCAAGAGGAUAUGCAGUGGGAUUCAUUUGAUCCUUAUCUCUUUAUAAAACAUUUACCGCCUUUGACGACCGAAAUGAGAGCUAAAUGUCCAGCUUUACCACUGAAAACAAGGUCAAGUCCAGAAUUUAGUUUGGUACUAGAUUUAGAUGAAACUUUAGUACAUUGCAGUUUACAAGAAUUGUCAGAUGCAAGUUUCAAAUUUCCAGUCUUAUUUCAGGAUUGUAAAUAUACAGUAUUCGUAAGAACACGUCCGUAUUUUAAAGAAUUUCUUGAAAAGGUGUCUAAAUUAUUUGAAGUUAUUUUGUUCACCGCAUCUAAAAGAGUUUAUGCUGAUAAAUUGUUAAAUUUAUUAGAUCCUGAAAGGAAGUGGAUUAAAUAUCGACUUUUUCGAGAACAUUGUGUACUUGUAAAUGGAAAUUAUAUUAAGGAUUUAACAAUACUCGGACGUGAUUUAUCUAAAACAAUUAUAAUUGAUAACUCACCUCAAGCUUUUGGUUACCAAUUGGAGAAUGGAAUUCCAAUUGAAAGUUGGUUCAUGGAUCAAAAUGAUUCUGAGCUUAUGAAAUUAUUACCUUUUUUAGAACAACUAGCAUUAAUGCGAGAAGAUGUUCGACCGCAUAUCAGGGAAAAAUUUCGUUUAUUUUCAUAUUUGCCGCCAGAUUAGAUUUUAUUUGAAAUACUAUUUAUGUUUACAUAUUUUGAAAGUUUUAUUUAAUUACAUACACAUAUUUUUAGGAGAUUCAACUCAUUUUUUA